AAUGAAGAGAGCAGGAUGAGGCGGCAGGCGAUACUCUUUUCUCUACCUGUGGAGAUGAGGACGGGGAGGGAGGAAGAGGAGAGCGGGCAGAGGGACGGGAUGAAGGGGUGCAUGGGGAAGCGGGAAUGUGGAGGAGAGAGGUUUGUCUGCAUCUCACUGGAGGAGAUGGAGAGCUACUACAGAUACAGCCAGUGCUGUCGACGGCUGCAUAAUGACAUCCUGCAGAGGGAGGAUGGUCCUCUGUGUGCAGCAGAAAUUGGCUCCGAGCUCCAGAAACAGUUUGCCAUCCUGCCAGGCGGACGUGGGAUGAAUGGCAGCCCCAUCAUCAUCUUCCCAGAAUUCCCAGAGUUCAGCGAGCUGGAGGAAGAGGAAGUCCAGAAUGUGCUCGGCUACCUCACCAGCGUCCCUAGCGUUGCAGCAUCGGGAGUGGGUUUCAUCCUGGUCAUCGACAGACGACUGGACCGAUGGGCCACCGUCAGGGCUACCCUGCUCCGCAUCGCUGGUUCAUUUCCAGGGAACUUGCACUUGGUUCUGGUGUUGCGUCCCACUACUUUGCUCCAGCGGACUCUGUCAGACUUCCUGUUCAAGUUCAACAAGGAUGAGUUCAAAAUGAAGGUGGUGAUGCUGAGUUCGGUGACUGAGCUCCACGCCUAUAUUGACCCAGGACAACUGACCACAGAGCUGGGAGGCACGCAGGAGUACUGCCAUGACAGCUGGAUCUCACACCGCACUGCAAUCGAGGCGUUUGCCCUCAUGGUGAAGACCACAGCUCAGACCCUGCAGGCGUUCGGCACUGAGCUUGCGGAGACAGAAUUACCCAACGAUACCGAGGCCACCACCAACCUGCUGCACACACACACUCGGAAGAAGGAUAAAAUGAAGGAGGACCUGCAGGUGGCGCUGUCUCAAGGGGGACGCCUGUUGGAGUGUAUCAAUGAGCCUCUACAGACAGACCCUGAGUACAACAUGACCUACGAUGAACUGGAGAACUUAGCUACUGUACAGAGACUCCUGGGUCAGCUGGACGAGACGGAGACGGCGUUUGAUGAUUUCUGGGAGCGUCACCGCACCAAGCUGGAACAGUGUUUACAGCUUCGCCAUUUUGAACAGCACUUCCGUGAAGUGCGCGCCCAGCUUGAUGUGACAUCAGAGCGGUUGUCGGGUUUCUCUGAGGUCAGCAUAAGCCCCGCCCAUGCUGAGCAUGUCCUUCGAGAGCUCAGCGGCCACGAGGACAGGGCCUGUGACGUGCUGGACUGCGCCCUGUCCCUGGCCAACGAAGGUGACCGGCUGAUAGAAAAUUCCCACUACGCCGAGGACUCCAUCAGGCCGAAGUGCAGCGAGCUGAGGGAAGUGUGCGAGGAGAUCAGCUCCACUCUGAGGAGCAAGAAGAGCCUCCUGCUCAGGGCGAUGGAGCUCCACAGCGCUCUGGAAAAGGCAUCACGGUGGUGUGAGGAGGGCAUCUUCCUGUUGGCCAGCCAGCCAGUGGACCGCUGUCAGUCUCAGGAUGGAGCCGAAGCUGCUCUGCAAGAACUGGAGCGUUACCUGGACACAGCGCCGCUACACACCCUCGCCGACCGCAGUGCCAUCCUCUGCCAGUAUGAGGCGACGCUCACUACUCAGCUCAGGGACCAGGUAGACAGAGUUUUCCAGAAGCAAAGCUCCGUCCAGGAGAUGUUUGAGAAGAGACGGGUUAGCUUGAAGAAACUUGCCGCCAAACAGACCAGACCAGUGCAGCCAGUAGCACCAAGGCCUGAAGUGAAGUCCCCACUCUCGUCUCCCAAUCAACAGAGAAAAGAGAGAAGAUACUCUGCAGAUAAUGCCAUCUGCAAAAAGGUGGAGUCUCCCAUACAUAACGGUGGCACCAGACACGCUUCUCUCUCAGAAGAAGAGGAAAACCUGGCAGUGCUUCGGCGCCACGUUAUGAAUGAACUGCUGGAGACGGAGAGAGCAUACGUGGAGGAACUACUGUGUGUGCUGGAGGGCUAUGCAGCAGAGAUGGACAACCCUGCCAUGGCUCACCUCAUCCCCAGCACCCUGCUCACCAAGAAGGAUGUCCUGUUUGGCAACAUGUCUGAAAUCUACCAGUUCCAUAAGAGGACAUUUCUAAAGGAGCUGGAAGCGUACACUGACUGCCCAGAGCUAGUGGGCCGCUGCUUUUUAGAGAGGAUGAAGGACCUGCAGAUCUACGAGGCUUACUGCCAGAAUAAACCUCGGUCUGAAAGCCUGUGGAGACAGUGCUCCGACUGUGCCUUCUUCCAGGAGUGCCAGAAGAAGCUGGAACAUAAACUUGGUUUGGACUCCUACCUCCUUAAACCUGUCCAGAGAAUCACCAAGUACCAGCUACUGCUUAAGGAGUUGUUAAAGUACAGUAGGGGCUGUGAUGGCUGCGAUGACCUACAGGAAGCUCUCUCCUCCAUCCUGGGGAUCCUGAAAGCCGUUAACGACUCCAUGCACCUCAUCGCCAUCACAGGAUACGAGGGUAACCUGUCAGAGCUGGGUCGCCUGCUGAUGCAGGGCUCCUUCAGUGUGUGGACGGAGCAUAAAAAAGGUCACGCCAAGGUCAAGGACCUGGCCCGGUUUAAGCCCAUGCAGAGGCACCUGUUCCUGCACGAGAAGGCCCUGCUCUUCUGCAAGAGGAGGGAGGAGAACGGGGAGGGCUACGAGAAAGCUCCGUCCUACAGCUUCAAACACUCCCUAAGUAUGAGCGCGGUGGGCAUUACAGAGAACGCUAAAGGAGACAACAAGAAGUUUGAGAUUUGGUGCAACUCCAGAGACGAAGUGUUUAUAGUGCAGGCUCCGACACCAGAGAUUAAAACGACGUGGGUAAACGAGAUCCGCAAAGUCCUGACCCAGCAGCUCAAAGCCUGCAGAGAUGCCAGUCAGCAGAAGAGCUCAGACUCUGUUUCCCCGAGUCCCACCAGCAACAACACCUCCAUCUCCCUGAGUCCCUUCCGUAGCAGUCAGAAAAACCAGAAGAAGCAGCAGGAGGAGAAGAAGGUGGAGCCGAGUACGAUCUCUGACAACUCCUCUUCUUCGCCAAAACACAAAGAUGAACCAGUGACGAGUCCGACCACUGACAGGUCUUCAGUGGCUAAAAAGCGUUUUACUUUGCAGGGCUUCAGCAAUCUCAAGAGUCCCAAAGACACUCUGCCUCCUGGUGGCUCGGCCCUGAGCCCCGAGCACGGCUCCAAACGCCACUUGGUCAAGAGUGAUCCCACACCGUUUGGGUUCAAAGAGCCAGCUCCCCAUGUCAGUCUGAGCAGAGUCAAAUGGAUGAGCGCCUCUAGUCUGUUACAGAGCAAGCGGAGAGGCUGGAACAAGGCGUCUCUCUCAGUGGAUGCCUCGGAAGAGAAUGAUGGGUACUCCAGCGGCGAGGACCCCAUGAACUCUGACCCUGAGGAUGAAGUGGGAAAGAAGCUGGCUCCAGGAAAGUAUACGGUGGUAGCGGACUGCGAGAAGGCGGGACCUCAGGAGCUGUCUGUCAAGAGUGGAGACAUGGUCCAGCUAAUUAAAGAAGGAGAGGAGGGACAGUGGUUUGUGAAGAACCUUCGCAGCAGCAAGGAGGGCUGGGUGGCAGCAGCAAACCUCCUCAGCCUCAUCUCAGAGUCCAAGUCAUCCCAGUCGCUCAGCAGCUCAGAUGGCAGCGUCUCUGGGAACCUCAGCACUUCUUCCAGCUGCAGUGAGACCUACACCAGCUUCUCUGACAUCAAACCCUGACCUGCCGUCGCUGUCCCCGGCUCCAUCCCUCAACCUAAAACAAUUUCCAGGUGGAAUUACAAAAACCUAAAGCUGACCCUGACAGGAGGACAGUCUCGUUGGGUUUUUUUCAUCUUACGGACCUCGCAGCUUAUCGGAUCCAACCAGAAACCAAAGCUAUCAUUGUAUCUGCAAAUAUUACCAGUGUUUUAGCUGAGUCGUUUGCUACAUCCACUUUUCUUUUUAUUUACAGUAUUUACAGUCCCGCCCCUUUUUGCUCUGUGCUCCAAUAACAGUCGAGCUAGCCUUCAGAACUUUCUCCUUUCCUUCGAGAUGCGAUGUGCUAGACUCUUCUAUGUUGACAAAACAACCACAUCUCGAAGAGGGUUCAAAGAUACAGUCACAUCGUAAGUUAACUAGUUCAUGUUAGAAAAACUCUAGCUAACUAGCUAGCUAAGCCACAUCAAUUGUUGCUGAUAUUAGCAAAACAUUAGCUAACUAAUUAUUGAUGUAAAUUAAAUACCCCGUUAGCUAGCGUUUUGCUGACUUAAGAUGUACAACCUGUAUGUCACUUUUACCUUUUAACCAUCUUCAAAAUGUAGUUAGCUUUUCAACAUAGAAGAGUCUAGCACAUAGCCCCCGAAGUCGGUUUUUUUUUCAACUCAGAAAGUCAGAAGAACGUCACCAACCCCCGACCUUAAAAUCCAAGAUGGCUGCUCUAUACGUCAACUAAGUGAAAGUUGUAGUAAUAUUCUGUUUAUUAGCACUUCUGCCUUUUGUUUCUCUUCACGUUGUACACAGUGUACUGUCCAGCGUCUGUCUGCUGUCUGUUUGUAUGAGCAAACAGUGGAAUAUAUUGUUAUCAGCUGGUAUUGCUAACAAUGGCUAACCUGGCUACAGCUUGGUUUUCCAACUUCUUCUACUGGAACGUUGUUAACUUCGGUGUGAUGUCAUUCCCAGCUCCCAGUACAGGAAAGGACAAAGUUUGCUCAACUGUUAUUGGAGCACGGAGCAAAAGGGGGCGGGACUUAUAAUAGGUCAAUUUAUAAUGAAAAAUAUCUUAUUGCCACUCAGCAGUAUUAUACUUAUCAUUUAAAAUUAUUUCUACCUUCAAAAUGAUCAGCCAAUUGAAGUGAAUGUAUUCUCACUGUUCAUUCCAGUGAUAUAUCACUUCCUGUCAGGCCUCCUUUAAAAAUCACAAUCUCUGUCAACUACAGAGAAAAGCUAAAUGUCUUCGGUCUAAUUACUUACUGCUGUAUUUGACCCCUCUGAUUAUGUAGCAUUAAAGUGGACAAAUCUAAAGAAUAUCUGCACUAAACGUGAGCCGUCUGCAGCUUACUGAACUGUCAGAAUCAACCUUGCCGAACCCUUUCGAGUCGACAACAUCCACAGGUACAGAUACGAGACUGGUAUUUCACAUGAUACAUCGGCUUUAGUGUCGGAUAAUAAUCGCACACUGUGAAAAUGGCAGCUGGCUGCAACAAGAAAACAUGCUUUCAGUGCAUCUUGGAGCAUCAUUGAGCAGGUCAAAUGUUCAGGGCGUGAUACUGUAAGUCUUAUGACCUUUUUGUACGUGGGGCACAUACAGGGGGGACGUAUUAAAUCCCUGUAGUCGAGGUAGUUGGUUUUUCAUUUCCCCGAUUCAAGAAUGCUGAAAUCUUCCUAUUUUGUUAACAUGAGUUCCCCGUAACCCUGGUUUUAUGGUAUUACCUACAAAUCCAGUCAAAUGUAUCACUAGGUGAAUGUCACCAACAGCACUACCUGGUGGUCAGACGUCUUGCACUUCUCCAACUACACGUACAAAUCACUUACGCAGAGAGCGGCAGCUUGGAAACAACUUCUGAACCUCUUUUUUUUUUUUUUUUUUCAAGAGUUGAUUGUCUAACUCGCCUCUGAACUGCUCUGGAUUUACCUCUCAGGAAGCCCAAGAAGUUGCACGGGCAGGCAGGUGUGACUGCAUACCUGCUUGUGCGUCGACUACAUGUCUUUGUGUGUGUGCAUUCUUGUGUGUGUGUGUGCGCGCGCACUUCAGAGCAAACCCAACACGCGUAUGUCACAAACCCCGUGUGUGGAGAUAACAGUGGGGAGAUAGAGGCAGUCAUUCAUUUACCUGCUGAAUUCAUGUGUAGUCCUUUAUAAAGAACUAGCAUUUAGCCCAGGAGCCCCUCUGUGGCCUCUGAGGGUCCCAUAACCCUCAGUUUAAGAACUCCUUGUCAGACAAAGAGGAGCAGGCGCACAUAAAUCUCAACACUCUGCAUAUAAAUCCACUUUUGGUGUCACGGCCACUGUGCUCACCUAUCUUUGGCCUACAUUGCAGCAACAAACGCAGGCUUUGUCCCCCUCCCUGUGCUCCCAGCCCCACUCAGGCAUGUGACAGUAACCACUUCUCCACAAGCAGGACUAACCGGGACCUUCUCAACAUGUUUUGCACCACCAGCCCUGAGAGCAAUAGUUGUUUACUAGACACCAUGAUGUAGCUAAGUAAAAAAAAAAAAAAAAAAAGUCUGAUUUCUGGUGUUAAUUGCACAGCGAGGGGUGGUGAGUGAGCUGGUUUGGCUCCCGGAGUGGAAAUGAGGAUGUUGAUACAGUUUGAUGGCACACCUCUGACAACCAGCUGCUGUGACACCCGUCUUCAUGCACACACACAAAGACACUGUGCUAUUCUGAACACUGAAUGACACCUUGUUUUCCAAGGGUGAACAUGUUUUUCUACUAGAUUUCUACUGUAUCCACGAGGCGCACUGUAAAACAAUCUCUUCCUGUUCCUGUCGUCAGUGUUGAAUGUGUGACUCUGUUAUUAAACAGGAGAAGUGCAGCAUGCUGUUACACUUAAAACCAGCCCUACCAGUUUAUUACUCAGAACGGGUUGUAUUUGUCCACUGUGCUUUUGUUCGAUUCGGCCCCCCUUUUUUUUUUUUUUUUUUUUUUUUACUCAAUCACAAGAAGCGUGUCCUCCCUGUGAAAGGAAAGUUUCCAGAAAAAGGACGUUUACAGGCCUUUUCGGUGUCAAACUGUGAGCUGAACCAGAGAGUGAACUGUGGCUGGCAUUUUGUGUUAGUUCUGUAAGGAUGUAUGUUACACUUGUACAGACGUGUCCUCUAUACCUCACAUUGUUUUCCCUCAAGAGCAUGUAUCUUGUGAAGAGGAUCAUGGUUUUUGUGAGUCCCCUUGUCUCUCUGUAUAUCAUCACUCUUUGUGGCAUGUUCUUCAUAGCCCCAAUUUUAAAGCUCUUGUGUUUAAAAAAAAAAAAAAAAAAAAAAAAGCCCUGAACAAGGCGAGUAUUUUUUACCAAGCACUGUUGUAUUGUGUGAGAGCUUAUUUUCUGCCCUCUUAUGAAAGCUGACACGGGCACUAAACUUGUCAGUGUUUUAUCACGAUCACACAAUAAAGCUUAUUGAAUUAUUUCUACUCUUGACUUGGAGGCUGGUGAGAUGAGAAGGGUUAUAUUUUGUAGUUUCUUUUUAUGCAGCACAUUGCAGCAACCACUGUCUUUAUUUUCCUAUAUUGUAUCUACUGAGUAUGGUGUCGAUAUGAAGAUAUUAUAAUGAGACAUAUCUGUGUAUAUUUGUAAAUAUGUAAUUCUGAAUUGUAUGUAAAAUGAAAAGCAGCUUUAAUAAAGUCUGAGAUGGUUUCCUCUA